UCAUUUUGACCAUAGACGCAUUACAACAAACACUUCAUAGGCAACCCUUUAUCAACACCCCUUCUUCAAUUUCUUUUACGCUUUUCUUUCUGCUUUGGCUUUCUCUCUCUCUCUCUUAGCUUUUUUCUCUUUGGUUCUCUGUUUGGGCUCUUUUUCUCUUGUUAUGCUGAAGAGGGUCAGAGAUGGCUGUAGAUUUUAUGGGAUAUAGGAACAGCAGCUUCUCUGCGAAAUUGGAAGAGAACGCGGUGCAAGAAGCAGCUUCUGGGCUCGAGAGCGUUGAGAAGCUCAUUAGACUCUUGUCUCAGGCUCAGCAGAACCAGCACCAAGAUAAGUACCCUUCCAUGGUUAUGGACAUGGAUUGCAGAGCCGUCGCGGACGUCGCCGUUUCCAAGUUCAAGAAGGUCAUUUCUCUUCUGGGUCGUACCCGGACCGGCCAUGCCCGCUUCCGGCGAGCACCUUUGACUUUAACUUCUGGGUCUUCUUCUUCUUCUCAAAACCAAGCCCAAACCCAAGAGACCUUCGUCAAGCAAACUCCUUUAGAGUCCACCAAGGUUUACCAUGCGACGCCGAUCCAGCAGAUCCCGCCUCCUCUGCAUCAUCACAGUACUGUGCUUGAGAGCACCAAGGACUCCUCCACCACUAUAAAUUUCUCCUAUUCAGCUACGACUUCGUUUAUGUCGUCGUUGACUGGAGACUCAGACAGCAAGCAGCCAUUGUCAUCUUCGGCUUUUCAAAUUACCAACAUGUCCCAGGUGUCUUCAGCUGGAAAGCCACCGCUUUCGUCAGCUUCGUUGAAGAGGAAGUGCAGUUCUGAUAACUUGGGCUCUGGCAAGUGCGGUGCUGGGUCCUCCGGCCGCUGCCAUUGCUCUAAGAAGAGAAAGCUGAGAUUGAAAAGGGUUGUGAGAGUUCCAGCUAUAAGCUUAAAGAUGGCUGAUAUUCCACCUGAUGAUUACUCUUGGAGAAAGUAUGGACAGAAACCCAUUAAGGGAUCUCCACAUCCAAGGGGAUACUAUAAGUGCAGCAGUGUCAGAGGGUGCCCAGCUCGAAAACAUGUAGAGAGAGCUCUCGAUGAUCCAGCAAUGCUUGUAGUGACCUAUGAAGGCGAGCACAAUCACUCUCUCUCAGUUGCAGAGACCUCCAAUCUCAUUCUAGAAUCGUCUUAGAUCAUCAAAAAACAGAAACAACAAUGGUGCAAGAAAAAGCCUUUGUAUGUUCAUCUUUUUCUAGAGAGAGAAAUUAAUGGGUAGCAGAGCAGUACUAGUAGUAGUGCUAGUACUGACAGUAGUUACAGUUCCGGCUGGACUCGGACUUGGACUCCGACUCAGUAAAGACUCAGUUCCAUCUCGAAGGAGAUGAGAGUGAGUUAAAUUAGUUCAUUUUGCUGUACAAUAUGGGGUUCCUUUUUCUCUCUUCAAACACUGUGAAUUAAUCUUAUUCUUAUUUAAACCAGAAAGAAAUGAGGAUGGUGGAUUUGGUAUUA